AUGCAAGGCUUCCGUAACUACAGCAUGGAUGCGCUGCAGCACCGUGACUCAAGCGUAGGAUUAGCUGUCGACCUAAUGGCACAUCAGUACAGCACGAAGGCGUCGCCUCCAUUAUCUCCACUAAGCGAAUGCAACAGCCCACCGUCGUCGGACCACGGAGGAAACAACCAACAACCGCCACUAGAUCCAUCUGUCCGGCGCUACCGGACCGCGUUUACGCGAGAUCAGCUGGCCCGACUCGAGAAGGAGUUCUACAAGGAAAACUACGUUUCACGGCCUCGACGCUGUGAGCUGGCCGCUCAGCUGAAUCUGCCCGAAUCCACCAUCAAGGUUUGGUUCCAGAAUCGACGUAUGAAGGACAAACGACAGCGGAUAGCGGUUGCCUGGCCGUAUGCAGCCGUCUAUUCGGAUCCAGCGUUCGCCGCCUCGAUCCUGCAGGCCGCAGCCAAUUCGGUCGGCAUGCCGUACGGCUAUCCGCCUGCACCGAUGCUUACUCAGAUGCCCGUCAUUCCACCACCGGUCAUGUCGGGUGCGAACAGCAUGCCGGCCAGUGCCCAUUCCUUCACCGCUUACGGAUACCCGCGGUACGCGCCGUAUCCGCUCCCGCAGCGCACAACCACCACAACACUGCCCGGAGCACCCGGCACUGGACCAACGGCUCCCGGGGUGUAUCCAGCGGCGAACUCGAUGCUGGUCACCGGCAGUAUGCCACCGUCGCCCUAUGCACCGCUCAGCAUGCCCAAGGCACAAACGCCCCCGCAGGACACCGUCGGUAGUGCACAGCAUCAUCUUCACCACCAAGGCCGAAGCCCUGUUGCUUCGCCACAUUCAGCACUCUCGCUCAGUCCCGUGUCCGUAUCCAAAUUUGACACUUCCGCAUCGACCUCAAACUCAAGUAACGCCAGCGUAAGCCCGGUGAAAUCGCUGAACGGAUCGACUAAAGGACUUUUGCUGGCCGCGGCCGCCGCCGCAGUCGUCAACCAGUCGGUUAGCCCUCAGACUACUUUAAUUCCCGUCACACCGGAGAAACCGAAGCUGUUCAAGCCUUACAAGUCAGAAGUGUAA